AAUAGCCUCAUACCUCCCCAAAUCACCUGAUGUCCUGUCGUUUGUUCACCGUUUGCCUUACACUGUAAUUACUGUGGAUGGUCCAAUAACUCCAAACGUUCCGACUUCAACCAUCCCCCACUUUUUCAAUUGCUCCCCCAUUUAUGCACCCCGCGAAGCUACCACUGUUCCUAUUUAUAUAAAUGACGAUAUCUAGAACAUACAUGGCUAUUUAAUAAAAAAUGUAGGUAGGAAGAGUUGAAGAAUGUCUUAGCACAUUCUCCUUAAUCUGUUUCUCCAAGUUCGGUGCUGGAGAACACAACCUUCAUUCAGCUGGAAAGUGAAAUACGGUACCCAAUUCGGAGUUUAAGUUACACGUAUAUAAGGUAACUUGUGUACUAUAAAAUGAGCCUCAAAGGACUCAUCUAAAGCCCCAAUCAUCCUGGGCUUAUACGGCUUACAUCAACUAUGGCCUCCGACGAGGCGUAUGACCCGAACAUAACGGGAUCAUGGCUUGUCUGCACGGCGUGCGGGACUCAAUUUCCCACCUCGGACAGGCAGGAAACCAAGACAUGCUUCAUCUGCGACGACCCGCGGCAAUUCACACCACAAACGGGACAGGCCUUCACCACGCUCGACGAGAUCCGUUCGCAUGGCAAAAACACGUGGACGCCGUUCAAAGGCGACAGCAGAUUCAUAUCCAUCGUCACGGAGCCCAAAGUGGGCAUCGGGCAGCGCGCCAUCCUCAUCAAGACCCCCAGGGGCAACGUGCUCUGGGACUGCAUCACGCUCCUCGAUAGCGAGACGAUAGCCAAGAUCGGGGAGCUGGGCGGCUUGAAGGCUAUCGUUAUUUCUCACCCCCACUAUUACACCACGCACGUCGAGUGGGCGCGCGCCUUCGACUGCCCCGUGUAUCUGGCGAAGGAGGACAAGGUGUGGACGACGCAGAGCUCGGGGCAGCAGGUCUUCGUGGAGGAGACGGAACUCGAUCUACAAAUCGAUGGUGAACCCUCCGGGGUCAAGGUCCUUAAGCUUGGGGGCCAUUUCCCGGGCUCGUUUGUGGCGCUGUAUGAUGAGCAUCUUUUAAUCGCCGACACACUGGUAACGACGCCUUCGGGACUAGGUAGCUGGGACACCGAUGCCGUGGGUGCUGCGCGGGCCCGACCUGAGGGUAUGAAUAGCUACUCGUUUAUGUGGAGCAUUCCGAACAUGAUCCCGCUACGUCCGAGCGAACUGGAGAGAAUGUGGGGUAUACUGAAGAAGUACGAUUUCAGCAGUACUCAUGGAGCGUUUCUGGGCACGGAUAUCGUUAAGACGGUGCCGGAGAUGAAGCACAGGGUGUUGGAGAGUAUGCAGAUUCAGACAAGAUAUAUGGGUUAUGAAGAUCAUGCGUUCUUGAAAGAGACUGUCGGCUGAGAUAUGGCUAAACGAGGAAUAAAUUGAAGUCAUUAAUAUGAUAAUGAAUGAAUGUCAAGGGAAUGAUUUAAGUCUCGGAAUCGGU